AUGUUCCAGAAUACCACAUCACCUUCCAUCAUUUUCCUACUAUCUGGUGUUCCUGGGCUGGAAGCCUUCCACAUCUGGAUCUCCAUCCCCUUCUGUUUUCUCUAUACAACAGCCCUCUCGGGAAACAGCCUGAUUCUCUUUGCCAUUGUCACUCAGCCCAGCCUCCACGAACCCAUGUAUUAUUUCCUCUCCAUGCUGUCCACCACUGACCUCGGCUUGUCCAUAUCCACCCUAGUCACCAUGUUGGGUAUAUUCUGGUUCAAUGCCCGGAAGAUCAGCUUUAAUGCCUGCUUGUCACAGAUGUUUUUCAUUCAACUUUUCACUGUCAUGGAAUCUUCAGUGCUGUUGGCCAUGGCUUUUGAUCGUUUUAUGGCCAUUUCUAAACCUCUUAGGUAUGCCUCUAUCUUAACUGAUCUUAAAAUAGCACAGAUUGGAGUAGCAAUCAUCAUUAGAGGGACCCUAAUACUGACUCCUAUGGUGUUGCUUCUGAAAAGACUUUCCUACUGUCGCAACUACGUGCUCCACCACUCCUAUUGUUUCCACCCAGAUGUGAUGAAGCUCUCAUGCACAGACACCAGAAUUAAUAGUGCGGUUGGAUUGACUGCCCUGAUCACCACUGCUGGAGUAGACUCAGUCUUGAUUAUCAUUUCUUAUGUUUUGAUCAUUAAGACGGUCCUCAGCAUUGCAUCCUCAAAAGAAAGGAAGAAAGCCUUCAACACAUGUAUCUCCCAUAUUGGGGCUGUUGCUGCAUUCUAUAUCCCAUUGAUCAGUUUGUCCUUUGUUCACAGAUUUGGGAAACAGGCUCCACCUUAUGUACAUACUAUGAUUGCCAAUGCCUAUCUGCUGAUCCCCCCUGUAAUGAAUCCCAUUAUCUACAGUGUGAAGACCAAACAGAUACGCAGGGCUGUGCUGAAAAUUCUCCAUGCAAAGAAUUAG